AUGUUGCUGUGUGAUGGCAGCUUGAAGGCUGUUGGAAUUUCCCAGCUGCAAGACUUUUUCAUUGACCUGAUUGAGAAGAGUCGAGAGCUGAAGGAUAUGGAGGAGAAAGAGCAGAAUGAGAAAGAUCAUGAUUUAAAAAUAGGAGAAAAGAAGGUAGAAUCUAAGAGUUUUACCUGCCAUCACUGUGGAAAGAGUUUCAAUCGACAACGAAACCUUAAGGUCCACAUGAGAGUUCACACUGGAGAGAAGCCUUACACCUGCCAACAGUGUGGAAAGAGUUUUGCUCAAAAAGGAAGCCUUGCAGUCCACAUGAGAAUUCACACCGGAGAAAAGCCUUAUACUUGCUCUCAGUGUGGACACAGUUUUACACAUAAAAGCAAUCUUAAUUCCCACAUCAGAAUUCACAGUGGAGAGAGCUUACAUUUUAUCUGUAAACAGUGUGGAAAGAGUUUCACUCAAAAAGGAAACCUUGAAGUCCACAUGAGAAGUCACACUGGAGAAAAGCCUUAUAUUUGCUCUCAGUGUGGACAGAGUUUUAUACAAAAAAGCAACCUUAAAUCCCACAUGAGAAUUCACAGUAGAGAAAGCUUAUACACCUGCCAACAGUGUGGGAAGAAUUUCAAUCAAAAACAAAACCUUAAAGUCCACAUGAGGAUUCACACAGGAGAGAGACAUUUUAUCUGUAAACAGUGUGGAAAGUCUUUCACUCAAAAAGGAAACCUUGAAGUGCACAUGAGAAGUCACACUGGAGAAAAGCCUUAUAUUUGCUCUCAGUGUGGACAGAGUUUUAUACAAAAAAGCAACCUUAAAUCCCACAUGAGAAUUCACAGUAGAGAAAGCUUAUACACCUGCCAACAGUGUGGGAAGAAUUUCAAUCAAAAACAAAACCUUAAAGUCCACAUGAGGAUUCACACAGGAGAGAGACAUUUUAUCUGUAAACAGUGUGGAAAGUCUUUCACUCAAAAAGGAAACCUUGAAGUGCACAUGAGAAGUCACACUGGAGAAAAGCCUUAUACUUGCUCUCGGUGUGAAAAGAGUUUUACACAUAAAAGCAACCUUAAUUCCCACAUGAGAACUCACAGUGGAGAGAGCUUGUUCAGCUGCCAACAGUGUGGAAAGAAUUUCAUUCAAAAACAUAACCUGGCAGUCCACAUGAGGAUUCACUCUGGAGAGAGACAUUUUAUCUGUAAACAGUGUGGAAAGAGUUUCACUCAAAAAGGAAACCUUGAAGUCCACAUGAGAAGUCACACUGGAGAAAAGCCUUAUAUUUGCUCUCAGUGUGGACAGAGUUUUAUACAAAAAAGCAACCUUAAAUCCCACAUGAGAAUUCACAGUAGAGAAAGCUUAUACACCUGCCAACAGUGUGGGAAGAAUUUCAAUCAAAAACAAAACCUUAAAGUCCACAUGAGGAUUCACACAGGAGAGAGACAUUUUAUCUGUAAACAGUGUGGAAAGAGUUUCACUCAAAAAGGAAACCUUGAAGUCCACAUGAGAAGUCACACUGGAGAAAAGCCUUAUAUUUGCUCUCAGUGUGGACAGAGUUUUAUACAAAAAAGCAACCUUAAAUCCCACAUGAGAAUUCACAGUAGAGAAAGCUUAUACACCUGCCAACAGUGUGGGAAGAAUUUCAAUCAAAAACAAAACCUUAAAGUCCACAUGAGGAUUCACACAGGAGAGAGACAUUUUAUCUGUAAACAGUGUGGAAAGUCUUUCACUCAAAAAGGAAACCUUGAAGUGCACAUGAGAAGUCACACUGGAGAAAAGCCUUAUACUUGCUCUCGGUGUGAAAAGAGUUUUACACAUAAAAGCAACCUUAAUUCCCACAUGAGAACUCACAGUGAAGAGAGCUUGUUCAGCUGCCAACAGUGUGGAAAGAAUUUCAUUCAAAAACAAAACCUGGAAGUCCACAUGGGGAUUCACACCGGAGAGAGACAUUUUAUCUGUAAACAGUGUGGAAAGAGUUUCGCUAAAAAAGGAAACCUUAAAAUCACCUACACCGGAUGCAACAAUACUUAA